UCCAUAGCAACGGCUAGCAACGAGUCGUGUUUUAGCUAACUUGUUCUAGGAAUAACCUGAAGCUAAUUUAGCCGUUGCUGCAAAAUAGUCGCCUUUUAAAAAUGGGGGACAAAAAGCAAAAAAUUCGUCAGAAACGUAUUUUUGUCAACGACGUCGAUAGAUAUUCCUCCAAGCACAUCGCCGAGUUUUUAUCGACAUGCAUAUCCGGGGAGGAAUUUGAAGAUGCCGAAGCAGAGGAGACUUUAGCCUCCCCUCGAGGUGAACCAGCUUUCCAGAUAGUGGGCACUGUGUCGUCUUCCUCCAAAGACGAAACGACAGGCUUUCUACUGGAACAGUAUGUGUCACCCACUCGAGAUGAGCUUCUUGAGUGCCUGCUGCAGUGUGAUGUGGUGGUGUACAACAUCUCAGAGAGUGGUACACAACAGCAGGUUGAAGAAGCAACAUGGACAAUCACAGCCCUUCAUGCUGAGUUGGAAAACUUCAAGUCUCGGAAAAUGUUCAUCUUAGUCUCAACAGUCAUGACCAAAGCUUUGAUUAAGCCACAGAACUCUGAUGAAACUGAUGAUCUACUCACAGAGGAAGAGUUCAAAAAAGGAAGGCCGCAUCCCCGUUUCAAAAACCACAACAAUCUAGAGAAACUUGUGCUCAAAUUGGGUAGAGAGAACAAGUCCAAACUUACUGGUUAUGUUGUAGCAAGUGGUCUUCAGUAUGGAAAGGGAGAGAACCUCUUUCACUACUUUUUCAAGGUGUCUUGGUUGAUGCAGUUUCCAAAGGUCCCCAUAUUUGGAGUGGGCACAAAUCACAUCCCUAUGAUUCACAUAUAUGAUCUUGCAGGAGUGAUCCAAAACAUCAUUGAACUCAGACCAAAGUCAAAGUACAUUCUCGCUGUUGAUGAUUCCAAGAACACUUUGGAGGAUAUUGUAAAGAUGAUAAGCGAUACACUUGGGCCAGGAAAAAUUAAUAAAUUACCAGAAGAGGACGCCAUUGCCAUGAAGGCUUUUCAGCAAGAAGAACUGGAGUAUCUCAGGAUCAACCUCCGCCUGGACCCUUUUAUUGUAAAAGACUCCUUAAACCUUCACUGGAAAUGUGAAUCUGGAAUGGUUGAGAACAUGGAGGCCAUUGUGGAGGAAUACAAAAACACCAGACAGCUACUUCCGAUUAGAAUCUGCCUGGUUGGACCUCCAGCUGUGGGCAAAACCACUGUUGCACAGAAGCUCUGCAGUCAUUACCAGAUACCCCACAUCCAGAUCAAAGAGGUCAUUGGGGAAAAGAUUACACAGCUGAAGGAGAUAGUGAAUGGAGGCAAUCCUGAAGAUGUCAGUGAAGACGCAGCAGCCGUUGCACAGACACAACUGGGAAAUAUUAACAAAAGCAUGGAAAUGAAUGAAGGGCGACUGGCUGACCACCUAGUUGUUGACAUUUUGCAAGAAAAGCUGAAUUCAAAGCCUUGCAGGAACCAAGGAUUUGUUCUUGAUGGUUUCCCUAAGACCUAUGAGCAAGCCAAGUUGAUUUUCUUGGAAGAGGAUGAGGAGACACAGGAGUCGAAGGUUAAAAUGCCCGUGUACAACAAGGAGAUCACUCCAGACCAUGUUAUUGCUCUAGAAGCGUCUGAUGUUUUCCUGAUAAAAAGAGUACAAGGACUUCCAGAAAGCAUGGCAGAGAAAAUGCAUUUCACCCAAGAUGAAUUUGUUCCUCGCCUGAUGAGAUACAGGCAACGCAGUACUGCUGAGGAAACCCUGCUGGACUACUUCGAUGAGCUUGAGAUUCACCCUGAACAUAUUGAGGUCAGUACAGAUGAUCCAGAGUACACAGAAGUUAUAGAGAGGAUUACAGAGAUGGUGGGGCUUCCCAAGAACUAUGGCCUGAGUCCAGAGGAGCAGGAGGAGGAGGACAGAAAGAAAGAAGAAGAGAUGAAGCUGAAACUGGCUGCAGGUGCUGCUGAAAAGAAACGCAGGAAUGAGGCUACACUAGCUGACAUGGCUGCUCAGUAUGAGGAGUGGCAGAAGAAUGUGUCUGAAGUGAGAAGGCAGGAGUGUGAGCUGCUUGAAGCUUGCUCCCUUCCUCUGAGGAACUACCUGAUGAAAUAUGUGAUGCCCUCGCUGACUGAGGCCAUGUCAGAGUGCUGCAAGAUAAAACCAGAGGACCCUGUUGACUUCCUGGCUGAACACCUUUUAUGGAACAACCAACAAGAUAAAAACUCAAAUGAAUGAGGAGAUGCAACAUGCAAUAUUCUGCAGUGUUUAACACGUGUGUACCCCACAUUGUAAUAGAAAAUGUAAAGAGAGAUGCAUCAGUGUUGCAGGCAUAUGACAACUACUGUAUGAAGAUGUUUAGAAGGUUGUGAAUUUUUCAUUCCCUGUAAUAGUUACUGGAAAGUCUGAGACUUCAUUCAUAAAACCACGAGCACAUCCAUACUUGAAUGUGCCUUUGAUUUACCUGAAGCAGAGAGGACACACAUAUUAGCAGUGAAAAAAUUAAUUUCAGGUUUUAACAAAACAGCUAAAUAUUAAAACUUUUCUGCAGUGAGUCAUUCAGUUUACAUGCUGCAGCACUAACAUAUAUAAUCCAUGGUCAGUACCCCUUUUCCAUACAAUGACUCACCCUUUAUAAAGAAUUUAUGAAUUGGUUUUUUUCAUUGUCAUUUAUAGGCCACUGGUAAAUGUAACCUUUAAGUUUCCAGGUUGCGGAAAAUUGUUGGUGAGUAAUUAAUUGUGAAAUCUUUUGUCAUCAAGAAGUAGUAGCAAAACGAGUGUUGCACAACACUUAGUAUUAAAGAAAGAAUACAGUAUUAUCACCCAGUAUUAAAAAUAACAAAAUGGACAAGAACACAGAAGGUAGCAAAAACUACAUUGCAGGUAUAUUGUGAUAUGGCAUAAAUAUACUUGUGCUCAUUUUUUGCAUACUUCAGACACUAAAAAUCACAAUUUCAGAAUGAUUCACAUACUCUUUUCUUCCCUAGUGUAGGACUUUGCUUGGUGUUUGUGUCAGAUGUUUACGGUUUAGCCAGGUUUCCACUCAUUUACAGCUGCUAUCUUUUAGAGCCUCCAUCUGGUCUGUGACUCACUCCCACUGUACUGUAGAGUCAGCACUUACCGGAAGAAGCACAUUGACGCUGGCCUUAAUCUAGCAAAGAUGUAAACAGCACACUUCAGAGAGACUAAUGUGCAGGGUGCUUCAAUUGCAGGUGAAGCAUGUGAACAUUCAAUCUAUUCCCAUGUUUCACUCAAUCUUGAACAAUGAAAGAGAAGUGGGAAUCAUCUGAUACACUUAAAUAAAUAAGGUUGAAGCUCAGGUUUCAGCCCAACCGUCCUUUUUAAAUGUACUCUUUCAACAGUAGGUGGUGCAGGUGGUCUUUCUUAUUAACAGGCAAAUCAGAGACCCAAAUGCCUGGACUCGUGCUUGUGUAAACGUGUAUAAUUUACCCAAAACAAGUCAGUGCCUUUGUCAUGAAAUGCACUAAUAUUCAAGCGGUUUUGGCUUACUAUGCUUUUAAUAAAUGAGUCUUGCU